UCAUCAAAAGUCAUCAUACACGUGUAAUGCCUGUGGUGAAUACCGAUGAAGUUUCACGUACAACUGUGUUUUCAAGCUUCUUCUAUGGCCUCAAUCUUAACAUUAUUGAUACUGGUAGAAGUUUUCACAUGUUUUUGUCUUUCAUGAAUAUGAUAGAUGACAGGGUAGGACACAGAGACUCUGGGAAGAGUACAUCGGCUAAGGUGCUUCUGAAUUGGGCAGUGAAAGAUGGUUGGAAACCGACAUUUGUAGACCUUAACAUUGGACAAAGCUCAAUAACCAUACCGGGAACUGUUUCUGCUACUCCUAUCAAAAUGCUUGUGGAUCCUGUUGAAGGGUUUCCUCUUGAUAAGGCUCUUGUGCACUACUUUGGUCACACAACACCAAGUUUGUAUGCGUCGACAAGGAAAGGACCGUUUAUCUGUAGACGUAAUGAUAUGUCAAAUAUCGUCAUGCCCCUGUACUUUUCAAUUUCUUUGGGUGACAAGUCGAAGGCAGACGAGGAGCUUGAUGAAGAUGAAGAGGUACCACGCUUGGACGAGAGCGACAGUGACGCCAUGUUCUUCCUUAGAAUCAAUCAUGGCACUGGCUCCACAUGCAACACAUUCCACAACAGAAUAGCAUCUCCUAAUCAAUCAUGGCACUGGCUCCACAUGCAACACAUUCCACAACAGAAUAGCAUCUCCUGUCAAUUGCUAAAACUCACAAACCAAUCUAAGCUGGGUAUAGGUAAGGAGAAAGCACUGAGCAUUACUCAGGCUGUCCAAAAGUACGGCAACCUCUCAGGUUUUGUUGAAAGAUUUUCUCUGCGAAUGAGGAAUCCUACAGCAUUCUUUGCCGGGGCUCUUCUUGUGAUUGGGUUUCUCCUUAGAGAACUCCCCAUGUUUGCUCUUGCAGCAGUAGCAAAUGCAGUGGGAGUAUGGACGAUCUUCCCCUAUAUGGUUGCUGCAUCCACGGCUUUGUUCCUCUACAUUCGCAGUCGCUACUCCUCAAAAAAUUAGCUGUUCUUGUAACUCAAUAUCGAUACAUAGAAAGAUGCUUUGAAGGCUAAAGAUGCUCAGAAGAAGGUUCAGCAAACUGAUGAAUAACCUGUUGGGAAGCUUUUGGAAGAGAGUGAAAGUGAAGCUGCUGCAAAACGGAAUGAGACCGAAGACUGAUGAUGUUGAUCAUAGGAAAAUGUUUGUGAAUUUGAUGAAUGUGUGAAAAGUCAGAGGAAUAAGAGUUGAAGGGUUAG